CGGGUCGUCUCCUUGGCAUUCCCGUCCCACCGCACCGAUACACCAACGUGCGCCCCCCACGUAUUCCCCUACUACACCUUUCCCCCACCUUCCUCGGCUUCUUCGGCGACAACCCAGCGCACCAUGACGAGCUCCUCCUCCUCCUCCUCUCCUUCCCGGAAGGCGCUGAGCAAGAUCGCGUGCAAUCGGCUGCAGAAGGAGCUCGCGGAGUGGCAGCUGGGUCCGCCCGGUGGCUUCAAGCACAAGGUCUCCGACAACCUCCAGAGGUGGGUCAUCGAGGUGGCUGGGGCGGCGGGGACUCUCUAUGCUGGCGAGACUUACCAGCUACAAGUGGACUUCCCUGAGCAUUACCCCAUGGAGGCUCCUCAGGUUAUAUUUCUGCAUCCGGCACCAAUGCAUCCACACAUUUACAGCAAUGGGCACAUCUGUCUAGAUAUAUUGUAUGACUCGUGGUCACCAGCGAUGACGGUCAGUUCUGUGUGUAUCAGCAUCUUGUCUAUGCUGUCAAGUUCACCAGCAAAGCAACGUCCAGCUGAUAAUGAUCGCUAUGUCAAGAACUGCCGUAACGGGAGGUCGCCAAAGGAGACCAGGUGGUGGUUCCAUGAUGACAAAGUGUGAUGGGUUUUAGGUGCCUUCUCCCGGCAGCAGCUCUUAUUUGCAGCCUAUAGUUCUUCAUAUGGGAGAUGAUUUAGGCAAUAUUGCAAACCAUCUAUUUGACCGCAAAUUAACACACCCUUGUUGUUUUGUACAUGAAUAUGCACCUCUGUCAACUCUCCUACUCAUGAACCAUUAUACAUUUUGGUAUAUAGAAUAAUUACGUGUGCAUCAGGCUCUGGCUGAACUCUGAUUUA